AUGUCAUCGAUCGACGUUAAAAUCAGUCAAAUAAACUCAGCAACAGCAAUAAUUGUACUCGUUAUAUUAUGUAUUGCAUUUGCAAUAGGUUCAAUUGGUCUUAUAUUUAAUGUAAUUGUAUUUACUCGACCAAAUUUACGUCGUGAACCAUGUUCACUUUAUUUUUUAUCAUCAACAUUUUUCAAUUUAUUUUUCGUAUUUGUGAUUAUACCUGUACGUAUUCUUUCAAAUAGUUUUAACAUAUCUAUGUCUAAUUAUAAUGCUGGACUUUGUAAAAUAGAAAUUUUUGCUUUUUACUCAGUACGUUCAAUAUCUUGUUGGUUAGUUGCAAUGGCUUGUAUUGAUAGAUAUUUACAUAGUUCAGCAAAUGCUAAUAUUCGUCGAUUCAGUUCAUUAAAAACAGCAAAAAUAACAAUUGCAAGUAUCAUUAUUAUAAUUCUUAUCUUAUACACUCAUAUGAUGUUCUUAUCGUACAUUUAUGUCAUUUUGGUAUAUGCAUUCUAUUCACUUUUUCCAUCAUGUUUAAUGAUUCUAUUUGGUUGUUUUACAAUGAAUAAUAUACGUAAACGUCGUCAAAUUGUUUCAGUAUUAAACGAAAAUCAUAGAAUUAUUCAACGUACAGAUAAUCAAUUAUUACGUAUGUUAGUAGCUCAAGUACUUGUAAUCAUUAUUACUACUUUACCACAGACAGUCUAUCAAAUUUAUGCAUCACUUACAAUGAAUUUAGUUAAAGAUACACUUCGAAUUGCUCAAGAAAAUUUAGCUAAUAAAACAUCGGGUGGAAUGACAUACUUUUGUCAUUCGACUAGUUUUUAUUUGUUUACAUUAUCAGGUAGUAUCUUUCGUCGAGAACUUUACAAAUUUAUUUCACAAUGUUGUCAUGUCAACCGAACUCGUGUGAAUAUAUUUCGUUCUGAAAUGAAUCAAAUGUCAACUUUAACUAAGAAUCGAAAAUUAACUGGUAUAAAAAAUACUCUUGUGCGACAAUCAUAA